AUGGGUCGUUGUGAAGAAUUCCCCUUGCUCAAGCUGUAUGGCCUGAAGGCAGUCAAUAUACUAGGAGAUGGUAAUUGCCUCUUCAAUGCACUGUCAGACCAAAUAUAUGGCCACCAAGGCAGGCAUUCCGAAAUUCGCCAACGAGUCAUUAAAGAGAUGCGGGAAAACCCCGAACCAUAUAAACCAUUUAUCGACGUGAACCAAGGUGGCGGCCAACGCCGGAACCCAAAGAGAAAGAAUGUUGGCGCGUCCUCGUCGUCUUUUAUGUAUGCUCCGCCUACUCCGCAGCAAAUUGACGCGGCUUGGGAGGCACGUCUGCAGCAAAUGGCAGGAAGUGGGACAUACGGAGACAACAUCGAGAUCCAGGCGUUUACCAAAGCAUACAACACCGAUGUCCGGAUCUUCAACCACAACAAUACCAAUUACUGGGUCCGGGCCGAACAAGACGGCGUCGCCAGACCAAUGGCAUAUAUUGCAUACCAUAACUGGGAACAUUAUUCGUCGGUUCGGAAUAUCCAGGGUCCGUUCAGUGGGCUUCCCAACAUUGACAUUAAGGAUAUCUCGGACGAGGAGGCAGCCUCGGCAAAAGAAAAACUUCCCAAGGGUCCAGCCAUCCAAGAAUGGAUGAUCGACGUGGUCAAGAAUUCUCUUCCCUCUUACGCCGAUGAGGAAACCAUCCGGAAGGCCCUCGUGGAUAAUAACGGCAGCGUCGAUAACGCUGUUAACCAACUCCUGGAUGUUCAAGAGUAUAGUUCUGCUCCCCCGACUCCGGGCAGUCUCUCUCAAUCGGUCAGCUCGAGCGUCGAACGAGACGCCGACAGUGAUGAUGACGAGAUACACGGGCCGAAUAAACGGCAGAACCGUCGUGCCAGCCGCGCAACCAAAGCGUUGCGGAAAGAGCAGAGGGAGCGUGAAGCAGAAUUGCAAGCCAUCCCAGCUCUAGAACUUCCCCUGCCUGACAGCGGGGCUUCGACUGAACUAUCAGUCGAACCAAACGAGGAUAAUAUUGACAAAUCCGCAAUUCAAAAGAAGAAUUCGGAAGAUGAGGAGUUUGGCCCUUCGGAUGACAAUGAUCAAUCCGAAGCAGAUGACAGUGGCUCAGAUUAUACUGGCUCAAGUCAAUCCCCAUCAGGCGCUAAUAUCACCCCUUCGACCCGCCCCAAAAUAAUCCUCAACACCAAAAAUAAUACGAAGGGCAAAGACGCCAGCGCGGCAAAGAUUCCGCACCGACCGAAUCCAAAAAAGAAAACCCUCAUCACCGCUCGCCAACGCAAGGAGAUGAAGAAGCAGGCGCAGAAACAAGCCGCCAAAGAGCGGAAGCGCGCCAAAGGUCAGGGAAACGGACAACUCGCCCGACCAACGGACCACAGCAAGCGGGACUCUCCACCCAUGGAGAAAGUCCUCAGCCUCGGAAAGCUGUCCAUGAUCCAAGUGUGA